GCCUGCCUUCCGUUGCGCACACACUCAGUCCGCGAGAUUCUCAGUUCGCGUGCGCCAAAGAUAAGCAAAAGAAAGCAAGAAAGAUAUAAAGAAACAAGAUACUUACACCUUGAAACACACACAUAUUGCUCGAGUUACCAAAGCUAAAGAUGCAUCUAGCUUUAUAAGUGCCAAGUGUUGAAAAGUGACCAGAUACAAUACCCCAAUACCUUUCCAAGGUAUUCCCUAGUUAAAGCCCCAUUAAGAACAACAUCAUACCCUUCAAAAUGCUGGUUGGAUCUCAUCCGUAUUUGUGCAACGGGGUGCCCGCCGCCCCCGCAGCACCAAAUGCCAGUGGACAGACAACAACAACGGCUAGCAAAAGUGCCGCCGGCUCAGCGACGGACUUCUCCAUCGCCGCCAUCAUGGCUCGCGAAGAUGCCUCCAGUCGGGAGUCCUCAAUUCGCAGUGCAAGUCCCAUUUCGGUGGAGGAUGAGGUUGACGUUGAUGUGGUCGACUGCAGCGAUGCCGAGGAGCCACCAACUAAGGCGCGUCGUUUGAACCACCAUCAGCACCACCAGCAUCACCAGCACCACAACAAUAACAACAAUAACAACAACAACAACAACAAUGUGGCACACAAGAGUCGCCACAGCGGUGGCGCCGUGGCACAAACAGCUUCCGCCGAAUCCCAAUUGAACACCAGCUCGACGAGCAGCCAAGGACGCUGCUCCACACCGCCCCAAUCCCCGGGAACGGAGGACAGCGAGGAGCGUUUAACACCGGAACCGGUGCAGAAGGCACCCAAAAUUGUUGGCUCCUGCAAUUGCGACGAUCUGAAGCCGGUGCAGUGCCACCUGGAGACCAAAGAGCUGUGGGAUCGCUUUCACGAUCUUGGCACCGAGAUGAUCAUCACCAAAACGGGCAGACGCAUGUUCCCCACUGUGCGCGUCAGUUUCUCGGGUCCGCUGAGGCAAAUCCAGCCCGCCGAUCGCUACGCCGUCCUCAUGGACAUCAUCCCCAUGGACUCGAAGCGGUAUCGGUACGCCUACCAUCGCUCCGCCUGGCUGGUGGCCGGCAAGGCCGACCCCGCCCCCCCAGCACGCCUCUACGCCCAUCCCGACAGUCCCUUCAGCUGCGAGGCGCUCCGCAAACAAGUUAUCUCCUUCGAGAAGGUGAAGCUGACUAAUAACGAAAUGGAUAAGAACGGACAGAUCGUUUUGAACUCGAUGCAUCGGUACCAGCCCAGAAUCCACUUGGUUCGCUUGAGCCAUGGCCAGAGCAUUCCGUCUAAUCCCAAGGAACUGCAGGACUUGGAUCACAAGACCUAUGUGUUCCCGGAAACGGUAUUCACCGCGGUGACGGCCUAUCAGAAUCAGCUGAUCACCAAGCUGAAGAUCGAUUCGAAUCCGUUCGCCAAGGGCUUCCGCGACUCCUCCCGCCUCACCGACUUCGAUCGCGAUCCGAUGGAGGCGCUGCUCCUGGAGCAGCAGCUCCGCUCGCCACUGCGCCUCUUUCCCGAUCCGCUGAUGCAACAGUUUGCCGCCCAGGGAGAUCCCUCCUCGAUGGCGCUGUUCGAGAAGGCACGCCAGCAUCUGCAAAUGUUUGGCGGCAACUCCCCCUACGCGCAGCUGAUGAUGCCGCAAAUGUAUCAAGCGGCAGCAGCGGCAGCUGGACCACCUCCGCCACCCCCUGGCCUGGGCGCCUUCCACAUGUUCCAGCAGCAGUGGCCCCAACUUACCGCCGGCUUUUUGGCCAGCGCCAAUCAGCAAGCUGCCGCCGCUCAAGCCGCCGCUCAGGCUCAAGCGCAGGCGCAGGCGGCCGCCGCAGCAAUGGCCGCCAACCGGACGCCCCCACCCCCGCCCACUGCAUCCACGCCAUCGUCGACGUCGUCGGGAUCGCCGUCGCCCGAUAUGCGACCGCGCCAGUAUCAGCGGUUCAGUCCGUACCAACUGCCAGGUGGUCAGGGGCCGCCCUCCUCCGCCGCCGGCUCGCCGCCCGCGGUAAACGUCUCCCGCAGCCCCACCCACUAAGUUCACAGCCCAUGCCACCAAGUUCUUGCCACGAGCAGUAUUAAAAAGUGAAAGCACUGGGGUUAAAGGUCGUCUUAAAUGCAAAAAAGUUCCUGGAAUACGCAGCAAAUACUUAAAAAAAAAA